AUGUCCAAACAUUUUUAUUUCAACCUCGAAUUUUGUCACGUUACAGAUACAGCGGUAGAAGCGAUAGCACAAUCAUGUCACCGUAUAGAAUAUCUCAAUAUUUACGGGUCGGAAUCUAUUACUGAUUCAUCCAUUUCCAAAAUAGCUAAAAAAUGCUCUUAUAUCCAAGAACUUGAACUGGGGUAUUGCGGGCUUAUCACUGAUACAGCCAUCAAAGAUAUCGCUCAGCAUUUAUCCGAUCUAAAAUAUCUCGGGUUAAAAUAUUGUGUAAAUAUCAGCAAAGAGGCAUUAGAUAUGUUAGACCCAGAUUUAGAUAUAG